AUGUGGAUAGUAAUUGUACAUAUUUUUGCUGUUGAGAAUUAUCAAAUAGCUAUUCGAAGUUAUUUUAUUACAAAAGAUCCGUUCAGUGAAUGGAGAAUAAGUGGAUUUUCUAUAUAUGAUUCCGAGGAAAAAGAUUUGCUUUAUCAUAUAAAAUCUUAUUAUUAUUACAAUGAGGGAAAUAUUGACUUAUCUGAUUUAUCUUCAAAACAAAUUAUUGCAACAUUAACAUAUUCAUUUAGUAUUUUCAAAGUAAAACAAGCUAAAUUUUCAAUUUUGACUUUAUCUUCUAAUCAAUGGAUAAAUGGUACAAUUGAAAAUAGUUUUCCUAAAUUUCAUAAUGAAUAUAUUAUCAAAUGGAAUGAACAAAAUAUUUUAAUGAAAACAAAAUUUUUAUCAACAUUAACAAUAUUUCGAUAUGAAAAUCAUAGUGAAAUUUUGGCAACACUUAAAAAACGUGUUUUUUCAUCGUUUUGGCGAAAUAAAUAUGAUUUACAGAUAUUUUCCGAUGAUCUUCCCAAUGUAUUUUAUUUUCUUUUACUUACAAUUACAGAUAAAAAUGACGAACUUGAUUCCGAAGACUAA